AAUUUGAAAGAGGAGAAAGACUUGGCUUGACGCUCAAGAGAGGGGAUCACACCUUAUUGGCACUUCAAUUUACUUAAGAGGAGGGGAAGGUAAAAUAAAGCUGAAACACUCUCAAUCGACGAGGGCUCCUGUUAAACUUCCUGUAAAGAUAGCAUAAAUGGCUAGAUACGAUAGAGCUAUCACGGUUUUCUCGCCCGACGGCCAUCUUUUCCAGGUGGAGUACGCUCUCGAAGCUGUGCGAAAGGGUAACGCAGCCGUUGGCGUCCGAGGUAAGGACACUGUCGUCCUCGGGGUCGAGAAGAAGUCCACUCCCAAACUACAGGAUUCCAGGUCUGUGAGAAAGAUCGUAAGUCUAGACAAUCACAUCGCAUUGGCAUGUGCAGGACUGAAAGCAGAUGCCCGUGUCCUUGUAAAUAGAGCACGCAUCGAGUGUCAGAGUCAUAGGCUCACAGUGGAAGAUCCUGUUACAGUGGAGUACAUCACGCGUUACAUUGCUGGUCUUCAGCAAAAGUACACUCAAAGUGGUGGUGUGAGACCGUUUGGGCUUUCAACCUUGAUAAUUGGAUUUGAUCCAUACACUGGUGUACCUUCUCUUUAUCAGACAGAUCCAUCCGGAACUUUCUCAGCAUGGAAGGCCAAUGCCACUGGGAGAAACUCCAACUCCAUCAGGGAGUUCCUGGAGAAGAACUACAAGGAAACCUCUGGUCAAGAAACUGUAAAGUUAGCUAUCCGUGCCUUGCUUGAAGUUGUGGAGAGUGGUGGAAAGAACAUAGAAGUUGCUGUGAUGACAAAAGAGCAUGGGCUUCGGCAACUUGAGGAAGCUGAAAUUGAUGCCGUUGUUUCUGAGAUUGAAGCAGAAAAAGCAGCUGCAGAAGCUGCGAAGAAAGGACCUUCAAAGGAAACAUAGUUUUCUACUAAAUGCUUCUUCUUCCUUCUUCAGGAUAUAUGUUUCAUGAAUGGUUUGCUUUGGACUGACUGCCUGUAGUGAGAUAUUGCAUUUUAUGUCCGUUUGCUUUUUUUGGGGAUUCCGAUUAAAAUUAUCAAAUUGACGCCUGAUUGAAUUUAAUGCACUCAAUCUUUUACGUAAUAUAAUCUAUCAUCGCUCUAAGUUUGAC